GAAACCUUUACGGACUAGAAUUAUGGAAGAAUCAGUACCAUCAGUUACAAAUACAAUUAGAGAGAUAACUUGCGGUCUUUUAUCUUAUUCUGAGAUACCGGAGUGGUAUCAAGAUAAUAAGUUUAUUCAUAACGGUUAUCGUUCUGUUUCAAAAUCUAGCUAUAUAUGUUUUCUCAGUUUGGUUCCUCUCCACAAUGAGACCAUCAACAUAUAUUCUCACCUGAUCCCUGGGACAUUAUUUCUUGCAGCUGAAAUACUUAUAUAUAAUUAUAUUCAUACAUAUUACCCCAAAGCAACAAUUGCUGAUUAUCUGAUCUUUGCCUUUUUUCUCCUGACAGCAAGUAUAUGUCUAUUAAUAUCUGUUAUAUAUCACACAUUGAUCAACCACUCUAAGAAUAUUUCAAAUCUUUGGUUACAUCUCAAUUACGUCGGAAUCGCUAUCUUGAUGCUUGGUGAUUUUAUAUCUGGGAUUAAUAUGGUUUUCUACAACGAACCUACUCUGAAAUGGAGAUAUUGGGCUUUAAUAGUGUUUUUGGACUUAUCAAUAAUUUUAACUUUACUGCACUCGAAGUUUCAAGGCCCAUGCUGGUGUACAUUCUGUGUUGGUAUCUUUAUCAGUAUUGGCCUUUCAGCUUGUGCUCCUCUUAUACACGGCACUAUCAUUAUUGGCUUUCGGCCGAUGAUCAAACAGGCUGGAAUGCUUUACUAUCUUGCUGAAGGAUUUAUCCUAUUAUUAGGCGCAUUGUUUUAUACAACAAAGAUUCCCGAAUCCAGAAGACCGGGUAAAUUUGACAUAUUUGGAUCCUCCCAUCAGAUAUUUCAUGUUUUAGUGGUAUUGGCUACUGUUCUGCAAAUGCUCGGAAUUUUGUCUUCGUUCCAUUAUAACUACUCUAGAAUUUAUGGCUUUUUAUAA